UAUUCCCCAUAGGUAUCAUUGAGAUUUUAUACGUUGGGCUCCCUGAUUUUAAGCCGUGCGCAAUGCGUUGGUGCUCUAAAUAACAUGGAUGAUAAUAUUCCUUAGGCGGUUAUUUCUGUAAUUUUAUUAUAGUUAUUCAACGUAGCAAUGAGUGAAUUUAAAGUUCAUCACCUGGUGACAGAGUUAAUAGAACAUUUAGGCUCAAAUGCUUCACCUGAAUCAUAUGUUGAGAACCUUCAAAGAGCUGGUACAACCACAGUGUCUUCAUACAACCAUGCAACACAAAACUGUGUUAGGCAACUUGCACAAAAUAGCCCAAAUCGUGAGAGCUUCAUUGAGAAGUAUGAAGAAUUAAAAGCUAAAAACACUGAUUGUCUUCGCCCUUUUAUUCAGUUACUAUCAGUAAUCUCAGAAGACAGGAAAUUGAAAGAAUAUCUGGAGAAAAAUGCCAAGACUGCAUCCACAAAUUUACAGAAUUCUCAGACCUCUCAAGCAUCAGUAGGGAGCAUUAGUGAUCCUUUAAGAGAUUCUGAAAUUGUAGAGAAGGUAACUACAGAGGAUCUGCCUGUGAUUCGUAGUCGCCUGCACAAGGAAGUGGAAAUAGCUGAAGAAAAAAGAAGUUUACCUUUAAAUAAAGUAGAGACACAAGAAAAGGCACGGCAUCCCAAUUACCAGUCACCAGUGAUGCCAAACUGGAAUUCUGUGAGACCUAACAUGAAUCUGGAUUUUGUCACACAUCAUAGUGGACCAGUACCAUUUGCUGCUCCUUUAGGAGCAAUUCCAGUAUGUUCUCAAGAAAGUAUGGUGAUAGAAGAAAUACUGUUUUGUCUUGAAGGAGCUGAAAGUGAUUAUAUUGUUCCAAAUCCUCUUCGGGGUCUGUAUGAAACAAGAGUAUUCAGCAUUAGUGAAAGUAUUGAUCCUUCCCUGCAUGAGAUGGUGAAACAGAUUUUACCCCUUGCAUCACAUUAUUCUAUGGUGAUGCGAUUCAUCCAAGAGAAGAGCCAGUUUGAGUGUGGACAAGUGAAUCAUGCGCUCACAGCUGCCAUGAAUACCCUUAUUAAGGAUUAUAUGGUGCUGGUGGCUCAGUUGGAGACUGCAAAUCGCAAAGGCAAUUUUUCCAUACACAAACUCUGGUUCUUUAUUCAGCCUACCCUUCACACAAUGGAAAUUCUGGCAAAUAUAGCAAGUACUAUUAGCAAAUCUGGAGCCAAAGGUGGUAAAGUGUUAAGCCUGCUACAUGAACGGACCUCAAACUAUAUUGGAGAUCCUGCAGGUCAAGAACUGUGUUUGUAUCUAACACAAAAUGCAUGUGUACCUUACAUGGAAAUAUUAGAAAAGUGGGUGUACAAAGGAGUAAUCUCUGAUCCAUAUGAAGAGUUUUUGGUUGAAGAUAAUGAAGUAAUUGAGAAGGAGGAAUUGCCUUUUGACUAUUCAUCUGAUUACUGGGAGAAGCGUUACGUUAUCAGACGUGAGAAGAUUCCUGUUUUCCUGGAGAGAGUGGCUGACGUAAUUUUACUCACAGGAAAAUAUCUGAAUGUCAUACGUCAGUGUGGCAAGAAUGUAAAAUCACCACAGGCAGAGGAAAUUGUGUACACAAUUAAGGAACGACAAUAUGUGGAAGCAAUUGAAAAAGCUUACCGCUUUGCAAGCAAAACUCUUCUAGAGCUUUUAAUGCAAGAGAAUGAUCUGAUGGGCCGAUUGCGGUCAGUUAAGCAUUACUUCUUGCUGGACCAAGGGGAUUUUAUAGUUCAGUUCAUGGAUUCUUGUGAGGCAGAAUUGAGCAAGAACAUCGAUGAUAUUGUUCCGACACGCCUUGAAUCUCUGUUGGAGUUGGCACUUCGAACAUCAGCAGCAAAUGGAGAUCCUUAUAAAGAUGACAUGCGGACAGAACUUCUUCCAUAUGAUCUCCUGUUCCAGAUGUUCAAAAUUCUUAGCAUAGAAACUCAUGAAGAGAAAGAAUAUCGUUUACCAUCAGACAAACUACAUCUGCUUGGUUUGGAAUCAUUCUGUUUUGGUUAUGAAGUAAAGUGGCCAGUUUCACUUGUUCUGAACCGUAGAGCUAUAGCUUGUUAUCAGAUGAUCUUCAGACAUCUUUUCUACUGUAAACAUGUAGAACGUCUUUUAUGCAGGGUAUGGAUAUGUAACAAGGUGGCCAAGUCAUUUGCCCUUCGAGCUGCAAAGACGUACGCAUCGGCGUUUGCCCUCCGUCAACGUAUGCUCAACUGUGUGCAAAAUCUUGAGUAUUACAUGAUGGUGGAAGUAAUUGAACCCAACUGGGUUACAUUUCUUGCCAGCAUCAACAAGGUGAACAAUGUGGAUGAUGUACUUGUGUGCCAUUCAGACUUCCUGGACAAUUGCCUUAAGGACUGCAUGCUUACGAAUCCUUCUUUACUGCGUACCGUGAACAAACUCAUGGCCAUCUGCGUUCACUUCUGCCACUUCAUACAGCAUAUGAGGAGGUACUAUUUGGACGCUGAACUUACGUCCAUGCUAGGACCAACUUAUGAGGGCUAUGAAGGCUCUGAUGCUUAUGCUGAGGAAACACCGCCCCCAUCGCCAGAACUUAUGGGCAACGUGGCUGGCGAGAGUGAUAGCUUUGAACAAAGCAUUUCCAAGUUUAACUUGCAAUUUACUGCAGUUCUUGUUGGCCUUCUGGACAAAAUCUCAGAACUUGGCCGUGAAAACAACAACGAGAAAGUUCUCAAUAUUUUAUACAGAUUGGAUUUCAAUACGUUUUACACAGAGCAACUGGAAAGAUUGUGUGAUGACAGAUCUAUGGUGGGUGGCGGAAAGGAAGAGACGUCAGGUUAAGUGCAGAAAGUAAUAAAUUGCUUAUGUAAUGAAAAUUAUUGGCUGACCUUAAGAAUGUAUAAAAGGCUAUAUAUGGAGCUACUAGUGAAAAUUUGUAGUAAAUAUAUGGCAGAAGUUGUGUUUGUAAUGUUAUAUGAGACAGUCAAAUCUCCUGUUAGAAUGUUUGUCAUAAAUUAUUUAUGUGCAUCAAAUACCACAUUUCAUCAGUCAGUAAGAUUUUAAUAUUUUCCAGAUGCAUUACUUCAAAAGGGUUGUUUCAAGUUUCAGUCAUGAUUAAUACUAAUGAUAAAUUUACUAUAAACUACUUUUUGAACCAGGUUUUUCAUAUUUAUUUUUUGUGGUACCUUAUAUAAAUUCUGAAGUGGAGUAAGUUAAGUAAGGUAAACAGAAAGGGCAUUUAAAUUGGCGGACAUUGUUCCACAAUAUUCUGCAUUUUGGUAUUUUUACAUGUUCACAAGAUGAACAAAAAAAUUUUGAAGUAGGUUGCAUGGAGUGUAAUACAUGCAUUGCAGUUUGGACCACACAGAGUGACCAACUUUACCAACUAGUGCAGACAGGGAGGCAUCAAGCUAUCCAGGUAUGACAGUAUAAAAAUAUAAUGAGAAACGAAUGUGCUGGAGGCAUAUUGAACAAUACAUGAUAUAACACAAUUUUAAAAAAAUAAAAUUGUGUCUAUGUUAAACUCCAAUUUCUAUACAUUUUUCACAUUAAUCAAGUUUGAGAAGACAAUAUCAUAAAUGUCUCAUGGCACCACUUAUACCUGAAAUUCAGUGUGAGCUAUAAAACCUGAUAAUUGUAUAUUUUUUAAUGAUUCUACAUGAUUUUAUACACAUCUUUGUCUCAUCUAUGAAUUUCAUGUCUGUAGUGUGGUAUUUAGGAGCUAUAAAACGUGGGCUUGCAAAACUA